GAUUUGAUCAAAUUCAGUGGUGUUCAUAUCCCUUUUUCUAUAAUCUUGCUUACUUUAAGUUGAAUGGCGAAUUUAUUUUGAUUUGAAUGGCGAACUGCUUAUUUUGACUUGAAUGGCCAAAAAGCCGAACGUCAGUGAGUUCAUGCUUAUUUGCUGUGACGGAGACAACUGCAAUAUGUAUGGUGUUUGCGUUCUUGUCUUUCUGAAGGAACUACAGCGAAUGGUUGACUGCAGUGGCAGACUAAUACAAUCAUCUAUUCUAAACGUCUACUGUAAUGCACAUGUUUCUGGUAUUGCUCUACUAACAAACAUUAUCGCAACUCUGUGCAUAGCAUGCCAUCGAAUGCAGCUCGUUAUUGCUUACGUGUGCGUAUAAAAGCACAAGAAUUAAAACAUUUUGUGACCCACCGGCGCAUUUCGGAACGCUUGUACGACGAUGUGUGGACCUG